UGCGGGGCCAACAUGAACAACGUGCUGGCGUCGAUUGCUCAAGAAGAUGAUUUGAAUGGCGUGGCGUGGAACGACGCGCAUGGACUGCUGCUGGGAGCGUAUGGGGAUUUUAAGGAAGUGCGGUCUGGGCUGGGGGCGUUGAACAGCUUGGUGACGCGAGCGAAAGCGUUGAAUCCGUCGAGCGAUAGCGUCGAAGUUGCUCCCGUUGUCCGAAUUGUCACCACGAAGCGUAACGUGGUCGUGCAGGAGCAGAAGGACGGCACAGUGCUGGCGGUGUCGACACCGAAGGCGCGCUAAUCCUCCAAUAAACGACUCCCCCACGUGAUCACACCGUCUCCAUGUGCUUGAACAUACACGUCAUUCGUCC